GUCUGGAAGAAGCCUUAGACCCCCAUCCAACCGCAGACAGAAAACCUGAGGCCUGGGGCGCAGGAAUUUACCCCAAGUCACACAGCGUGUUAGUGGCAGAAACCAGGCCAGAACCUGAACGAAGGUGCCAUGCAGCCCCGGGUCCUCCUCGUCGCUGCCCUCCUGGUGCUCCUGGCCUCUGCCCGAGUUUCGGAGGCUGAGGACACCUCCCUUCUGGACUACAUGCAGGACUACAUGCAACACGCCACCCAAACGGCCAAGGACGCGCUGAGCAGCAUGAAGGAGUCCCAGGUGGCCCAGCAGGCCAGGGGCUGGAUGAGCGGCAGCUUCAGCUCCCUGAAGGACUACUGGGGCGCCAUUACGGACAAGUUCUCCGGGUUCUGGGAUCCAACUGAGGCCUCACCAACCCCAACCUCUGACGCUGCCUAAGACCUCCACCCCACAAGCCUACCUGCCCAGCCACCCUGCAGCCCCCAGAGCUGCCCCCAAGACCAUUUCAAAGAGACAGCAUUCUCAGUGCCCCCCACCCUGCCCCAGACCUGGCCCAGCCCCGGGCGUGCUGUCCUCCCAAUAAAGCUGCAUGAGAAGCUGCCCUGAGUGGGACAUCUGGCAUGUGCCAUGUAUGUCUGCGCACAGCAGUGGGCCGUGGCUGCCCUGUGGGUGGGCACUGGACUGACUUCAACUUGGGCAGGCCUGCGGCCGAGCCCUACCCUGCAGUUAGCGUGUGGGUGAUGCCUGGGUCUGAGUUUCUUCACCUGGAAAGUAGAAUAACCUCACCUGUCCCACCUGCCUUGUCAGGUUUGUGUGGAAGAGCAAACAGGAUAAUAGGUUGACAAUAUUACUUGGAUAAACUGUCAAAAGCUGUGCAAUCUGA